AUGGUCAAAUCUCCAACGACCAAUCGGACUAGGAUAAUUCGGUCGCCUUGCCUUCUAACAUCGACAACUCCAUCCUUAAGGCUCCUAUCGAUCAAGAUGCCUACACCAUUCCUACUCGAUGAAGCCCCAGUGAACCAAAGCUUGAAGCCAGUAUCCUCCACCUCCUUCGCCUUCUGUCCCUUCCAUUUUGUCUCCUGGACGCAUAGGAUAUUAACAUGCCUCCUAGUAGCUGCAUCGACUAGUUCACGUAGUUUACCCGUUAGGGACCCUACGUUCCAGCUACCUAUACGGACUCUAGUUGGUUUGACUAGCUUCUUUGCCCUUCGCACCCGUCGAGAGAGAUGCGAAGACCCUUGCUCAUUUUCCACUACACCCGGGCGCCGAUGUAGCGCGCCACUAAGGAAAUGUGCUCAGCUCAAAAAGAGAGGCAUACCUCUGGCUUCAAACCAAGUAAACUACAGCCUGAUUUAUAGGCUCCCAGAGGAAAAUGAUGUGAAAUCCGCAUGUGAUGAAUUGGGAAUCAGUUUAAUUGCAUAUUCGCCACUCGCUCAAGCCUCUUACCCGAAAUCCCUUCCUCUAAUUCCGCCGAUCCAAACAGGCCCUUGGCAAAAUUUGAUUUAUCAUAAUGUUUCGACUCCGGUCAUGUCUACUCCAACUUUCGACCAAAACUUGGAAAGUGCCAAUAUUAAUAAAGUAAAGUUUCCGGCUGAGAAACACUCGACAGGUUGGGUUGACCGGGCCCCGGUCAACGAGUGCUCGGUUAAGACGGUUAACUCGAGCCAUUGUGCAAGCAAUCAGGUCACGAAUGAUGUGGAUAUGAGUUGGGCCUCCUCCAGCCGUGGGCUAGGCGGCAAAACGCACUUUGCUGGGCCUGAAGGGAAAUAUGGUGAAAAUGUGGGCCCUCAAUGUGAAACAGAUAAAGAGAAACUUACGUCUUGUUCCGGAGGGUGUGGAUGUAAUUUCCGGAACAAAUCUAACGAGACCAAUUGCCUCAAAAGGAAGAGACAGGACGUGGAGGAAUCUGAGUGCAGAAGUGAUAGUCAGCUGCAGGAGAUAAGUCGGCCCAGAAAGCAUACUCGGAGGAGCAGUGUGGCUGAAGUGCAUAACCUGUCCGAGAGGAGAAGGAGAGACAGGAUCAACGAGAGGAUGAGGGCAUUGCAGGAGCUUAUACCUCACUCGAACAAGUCAGAUAAAGCGUCCAUGUUGGAUGAAGCAAUCGAGUACAUGAAAUCUUUACAAUGGCAGCUUCAGUUGUUGUGGAUGGGAAGUGGCAUGGCGCAAAUGAUGCUACCAGGCAUGCAGCAUUAUAUGUCCCGUUUUGGAAUGGGUGUGGGCCCGCCUGUUCAUCCGACGGCUAUUUCGAAUCUCGUCAAUCUAUCGAGGAUGCCACUUGUCGAUCAGGCCAUGAAUGUAACUUCUGGCACGAAUCAGGCAGCGGUCAGUUAUCAGAACCAGAUGCCAAAUUCAAGUUUUGUCGAGCCGUACGGUAAUUAUAUGGGAUUUUGCUCGUUGGCAAAUGCUCCACAGCCAACAAAUGUGUUCGAUUUUGGUUUCCAUUCAACACAAGAGAAUCAGCUACCAACACCUCCAAACAACGGCAAUGCCUCAAUUGAAUGA